AUGACAGAUGGAGGUAAUGAGCUCUUCGUGCUACUCCCUCUGGAGGAGCUUGUCCUGCGCUGCAGACGCAAGUGCAGGAACCCCCAGCCACCAGGAGUGCUGGCCACCAGGAACCCCAGCCACCAGGAGCCCCCGGCCACCAGGAACCUCCGGCCACCAAGAGCCCCCGGCCACCAGGAACCCCAGCCACCAGGAGUGCCGGCCACCAGGAACCCCAGCCACCAGGAACCCCCGGCCACCAGGAGCCCCCAGCCACCAGGAAUCCCAGCCACCAAGAGCCCCCGGCCACCAGGAACACCCAGCCACCAGGAGCCCCCAGCCACCAGAAAGCCCAGCCACCAAGAGCCCCCGGCCACGAGGAACUCCAGCCACCAGGAGUGCCGGCCACCAGGAGAGCCGGCCAAAAGGAGCCACGGCCACCAGGAGCCAUGGCCAUUAGGAGUGCUGGCCAUCAGGAGCCCCGGCCACCAGGAGCCCUGGCCACCAGGAGCCCCCGGCCAUCAGGAGCCCCCGGCCAUCAGGAGUGCCGGCCAUCAGGAGCCCUGGCCACCAGGAGCCCCGGCCACCAGGAGCCACGGCCACCAGGAGUGCUGGCCACCAGGAGCCCUGGCCACCAGGAGCCACAGCCAUCAGGAGCCCCGGCCACCAGGAGCCACGGCCAUCAGGAGCCAUGGCCACCAGGAGCGCCGGCCACCAGGAGUGCUGGCCAUCAGGAGCACUGGCCACAGGAGCCGCCGCUACGCUUCGGGAAGAUCUUCAGAGUAUUUUUAG